AGACUUAAAGCUAAAGAAGUAAAAGAAAAUUACCAGAGAAAGAAACGACAUCGUCCGAAAAGAGAACAUAAAACUGUGGAAUACUUUACAAUGUCAACUUCGUGGAAAGGUACCAAAGCUAAGAGGUUUAUGAGUGCAAAGGACACGGGAUGCUCAAACGAAUGUAUUAGCUCAUCGAAGCUAGUUGAAACAAUACAAAUACCAAAAGGUCAUGACAUUUCUGAUGUUGAAAGCGACGAAGAAUUUGACAAAUUGACUAAAGACAACUGGAUUGGUUCUGAUAAUACAUUGGCUGAUGAUGAAAAAGAUAUUGAAAGUGAACCUAUCGAUUACUACGAGCAGAGUGUACAGAUAUAUGAAAGGGAUCAGUCCAAUGAGUUAAACGAAUGUGAGUGGUUAAAAAAUGGAAUAAUAUUAUCAAAAAAAUAUUUAGACCAGCAUUUAAAAACAAAGAUUCAAAGACAAAAGAAAAACAUAUUUCAAUACAAAGAAUUUUACGGGACUAAAAAACUAAAAGAACUUUGUCAAAGAAAUCCUCAUAAAUUCAAGACCUGUAAAGUUAAACUCGAGGCUGCACACACAGCAGUAUGCAAAAUCAUCGAUCAUUCUGACAAAAUAUCCGAAAUAGAAAUAUCUGGAAGGUCCAAAAUAGGCAAGGUUUUUAAUGACGAUGAAGUUUGCGUUGAAAUAUUAAAGGAUGAGAUUGAAGAAUACAAAAGCCACGCACAAAUUGAUUCAAGACGGAACUUUACUACAUAUACACCCAACCAGAAUUUGAAAAUUUAUGGUCAGAUAAAAGGAGUUAUAAAACGGAUUCAUUUUCCAAAUGUUAACCAUCCUGUCUUUGUUUGCAUGUUGGAUGAAUCGGAAUAUCAUUUAAUGUUGCCAGUUUCAAAAACAAUACCAAAACUUCAUAUACUGAAUAACAAUUGUACAAACAAUUAUCAAAUUGAUGUAUACCGGUAUGAUGCAGAGAAGGAAGAACUUGAACACAAAGAACUCUUUACUAUCAAACCAGGAGAAAAAAAGAACUUCAUUUUUUUGGUAGCCAUGAUAUGCUGGAAUGACAUUUACCCACGCGGUGCAGUUAUCAAAAUCUUAAAUGCAAAAAGCGGCUUACAUUCCGGGAUUGAAAUCUUGAAAUUACAACAUCAAGUGCCUACAAUGUACAAGAAAAAAACAAUUGAAAAUCUGAAUUUGUUGCUAGAAUUGGAUGAGCCUCUUUUAUUUAAAAAAGACCGAAUAGACUUAACCGGUUUGGAAAUAUUUACGAUUGAUCCAUCAAAUUCAAGAGACUUGGAUGAUGCUUUAAGUAUCGAAGAUUUAGAUGAUACCUAUAGGGUUGGUGUACACAUUGCAGAUGUAACUUUUUACGUUGAAAAGGGUAGCGAUAUUGACAUUGAAGCCUAUGAACGUGCCACUACGUAUUAUCCCGGCAAUGGUUUUAUUCCACACCAUAUGUUGCCUUCUCCUUUAAGUACGCAGUUAUGUAGUUUAAUACCUGGAGAAACGAGACCUUCGAUAUCUUUAUUUUUUACCUUUAAAAAAAAAGAUGGUCUCCAAAAGCAUGAAACUGAAAUUCAGAGAAGUUACAUCAAAUCAACAAAACAACUCUCAUAUAGAGAUGUUCAAAGCAUUAUUCUGAAUGCUGAAAUAACACAUACAGAUUCUUUAUGUAAGCAAAUUCAUGGCUUGUUUAACCUAGCUAAAAACCAAAGGGUUAACAGAUUGGGCAGUGGGUUAUUUUACUCUCCAAUAUCAAAACACGACGAUGAUGAUGAUUUCAUAGAUACAAGGGAGGCUCAUUAUUUGGUGGAAGAGUUCAUGAUACUUGCCAAUAACGCAAUAGGGAAAUUUCUCUUAAAGAAAUUUGAAGACUGUAUUCCUCUCCGAGUACAGCAGCCACCGAAUCCAGAGCAUGUGAAAACAUGGCUAGAAUCACAUGAAUAUUAUGCUGAUUUAAUACUAAAGUUACAGGAAAUUCGACCGUCUCCAUCAUUAUGGCAUGAUCGAAAGCUUACAAUAGAUAAUACUCAAACUGAAAAAUAUGACAAGCUACUCAUGUAUCAGCAUUGGGUUUGGAAGAAAAUAAUAUUAGCAAUCGAACAAAAAGAUUACACAGCGGCAAGUCGAAUCAUAGGUUGUGAUGAACUACAUCCAUUCUCAUGUUUGGCACUGGAGGAGUGGUAUGAAUACCAAGAAAGAGCUGAAUACAAAUGCUCAGGUGAAAUACAUCCAAAGCAAGAUGGUUCUCAUUUUACACUAAGCAUGUUCCCAUACACUCAUUUUACAUCACCAAUUCGACGAUACUCAGAUAUAAUCGUUCACCGGCUACUGCAUUGUGCCUUAAAUAAUAAAGGUCCCUGCUAUACAAAAGAUGAGGUUUCCGAAAUGUGUCAUUAUCUGAAUGAAGUGACAAGGCGAGCAAAGAAAUACCAAAAACACUGCCGAGCGUUAAGAUGGGGAUACAAAUUAACCGAAGAGCCGCAAAUUUUUCAUGGAUUUGUUAAAACUGUUUCUGAGAAAGAGAUAUCCGUUGUUUUUCCUGGUCAUAGAUCUCUACCAAAAAGUUCAAAAAACAUUCAACUAAAUUGUUUAAAUGCUUUGAAGAAACCAGAAUUCAAGACAGAUACGUUAACUGGAAGGAAAAUUUUAGAGCUGACUUGGAAAAAGAGGUUAUACUCAUUCGAUGGAUAUACCCCUAUUAAGAAGAAAGAAAUAAAGCAGGAUAGUUACAGGUUGAAUCCACACAACCGGGGAUUUUUCCAACAGCAAAGGAAAUGGAAAGUAAUACUGGAAAAUUUAACCUCAGCAAAAAGUCCAAAGGAAAAAAUGAAAAGGUUACGAAAAAUCAUCAACGAUAUUGGAUUGGGAGAUUCGAAGGAAAACGUCGACAAGCUUCUAGGAAACGUACCAUCAUGUUUCGAGACAGAAAGAGAUGUCAGUUCUGAGGUGCGAGAAGGACCAAUUACAUUACAAAGCUGUCAGUUUACUAUGACCUUUAAUCAUCAACAAAUAGUACCUCUUCAGCUGUCUGCCGAAUAUGUAAAGGGUGUACUCAUUCCACAAAUCGAGAUAUUUGAUAUGACGAAUAAUGUCAAGCAUUGUUUCCAACAUGUCCAAGACCCUGUAAAAUAUUUAGAGCAAUACUCAACUUCUCCGUCAAAAAAGAGGUAUAAUAGUAUAGUCGAUUAUCUUAGGACAUGGAGACCAUUAAUAGAAAUGGAAUCAGCUUCAAAUUCAGUAAAAUGCAAUACAGCGACAAUAAACGAUGUUCCUGUAAAAUUUCUAUCACAGCAUGAAGGAAAAUUUUCAUUUAGCAAAGAAUUUUGUGAUCAACGGAAUAUUGAUAUAAAUAAAGCUACUUUGAGUGUGUUUCUUGCCGAAAAAGAAGCUGUCGACGAAGAGAACGAGGAAGGAAUAAAUGAAAUUGCCAGUCCAGAUUACCUUUGUAUCAAGUGUCCGAUUUUUAAAACAACCACAGAGAAACGGGAUUUGAAAAAAGGAAAUAUUGCACCCAGCGAUUAUUUCAUUUGGAUGGCGCAUGCAAAAAUUUGUAGAGCAAAAAUAAGAAAAGGAAAAACUGAUUUCAUAUUUAGGAUUCACAAAGAUAGCAAACCGGUUCCUCCUGAACUAAUGACAGAGGAUAGCAAAAAAAGGUGCAGCAUUGAAAUCAUAUUCAAAUCCAGUGCAGAUCAGAGAAUUGAUGCAGUUUUACAGUGUCUCAAUAAAGCCACAGCUCUUGCACAAUCUAUAGCAACGGGAAAUGCGAUGCCAAAACUUGAUGAAGACCACUAUAAACUAGGCUUUCAUACCAAACCAGAGGUUCGGUAUGUAGGAUUGGUUGGCAACAAUACAGAGCAGUAUAAAGCUAUAACGAGGGCGUUAACAUCAUCAUUUAGUUUGAUACAGGGUCCACCAGGUACUGGAAAGACUUAUACAGGUAUCAAGCUGGUUUACCUGUUUAAUCAAAUCAACCUUAAAUGGAAGGAGAUGGGCAAUGAGAAGAAACAGAUUAUUUUCUGUGGUCCAUCAAACAAAUCUGUAGAUCUGGUGGCAAGGUGGAUAAAGUGGAAGUUAAAGCAUAAAUGUCCUCAAAUGGUUCGAUGGUAUGGAAGUUCUAUUGAGGACGACGCCUAUCCCAUUCCUGGAAAAACUCAAAUUUCACGUGGAGAAAGAUCAAAAGCUGACGAACAUUUGCGUGAAGUAUCCAUGCAUAUAUUGAUAAGACAAUUUGGAAAGCCUUACCAGAAAGAGAUUGCAGAUUUUGACCGGCAAUUCAAGCAAAACCCAGAUGGAGUUGAUUAUAAAGUUGUUAAAAAGUACAGAAACCUAAUAUCAAAAGCUGUUAAUGAGGAGGUCAAGCAUCAAGAUAUAAUUUUUUGUACAACAGCUAUGGCGACAAACCCUAAGCUGCUUAAAGGAACAAGGGGACGUAUUUUCCAAAUUAUCAUUGACGAGUGUGGAAUGUGUACAGAACCCGAAAGUAUAGCUGCCAUCAUAGCAACCAGAGCUGAACAAGUAGUUCUUAUUGGUGAUCACAAACAGUUACGACCAAUAGUAAUGUCUACUGACGCCGCCAAACUAGGAUUAGAAAAGUCUUUGUUUGAAAGAUAUGCCAAAAAGGCAACUCUAUUAACUUCACAAUACAGAAUGAAUCCUGAAAUUUGUGCUUUUGCUUCAGAGCAGUUUUAUUUCAAUAAACUGAUAACAGAACAAUCAAAUUGGUGGAUGACCGAUAUUCCUCUGAGAUCUUGGAUAAACAAAAGUAUUCCGGUUAUAUUUUGUGAUGUUAUGGGUAAGGAGGAUUACCUCCCUUUUGAUACAGAGGAGGGAAAUGAACAGUCCUGUUGUAACCAAGAAGAGAUUGAACAUGCGGUUAAAAUAUUUAAACAUCUGGUUGAUGAAGAGUUGAUAGAUACAGAAUACAUCAAUAUUAUGAGUCAGUAUAAUGCCCAGUGUACAGCGAUGAGGAAAGCUCUGAAAGCAGAAAAGUUUAUAAAGUUUAACGUGAAUACAGUUGUAGCCAGUCAAGGAGGUGAAUGGGACUAUGUUAUUAUAAGCCUUGUAAGAUCCUUACCACAUUACAGAAUAGAACCAAACCCUACGUUAGGUUGGUGUAAGCAGAAUCUUGGUUUUAUCACUGAUGAACACCAAGCAAAUGUAGCCUUGACAAGGGCUCGUAAAGGACUUAUUGUUUUAGGAAAUAAGGAAUUGUUAAUGUGCAGCAAAGUGUGGGGACGUUUUAUCACUCAUUAUGGUAGACGGGGUUGUGUUGUUGAUAAGGAAAAAUUUCCACCCAAACGUUCCAGUAAGAAGAAGAAAAGGAAAAAUCGAAAAGAAUAAAGAAAAGCAAAAGUUUGGAGAGCUCAUUGAAAAUGAUAAGCAUGUCCAUUAUAAGCGGAGAGUCAUGAGUUAUUUGUCUGCCUUUCCUGCAUGCAACUACUACAGAUUGCUUUGAAUUUAUACAAAUAAUUUCCUUUAAAAGAAUGCACAUUCUUCGUGUACUAUGUAUUAUAGUGUGAAAUACGUUUUUAAGUCAUAUUUGAUAUAUAUCAAGCCCUUAGAUGCCCUGAAAUAUUUCAAUGAGAUGAAAGAUAAUUUCCGUUGGUCAAAUUGUU